ACUUUACCCGGAAGUGUGCGGAGGAGAUCCGGGGCAUCGGCAACCUCGGUGUUUCUGGUAUCCUGCGCUUGGAGAAUCGAGAGCGGCUUCCUUGCUUCCGCCGAAAUCAUGGUCUUCUACUACACUAGCAGCGGCGUUAAUUCAUCUGCUUACACUAUUUACAUGGGAAAGGAUAAAUAUGAAAAUGAAGAUCUAAUAAAGUAUGGCUGGCCUGAAGAUAUUUGGUUUCAUGUGGACAAAAUCUCUUCAGCUCAUGUAUACCUUCGAUUACAUAAGGGGGAGAAGAUAGAGGACAUUCCAAAGGAAGUGCUGAUGGACUGUGCCCAUCUUGUGAAGGCCAAUAGCAUUCAAGGCUGCAAGAUGAACAACGUUAAUGUGGUAUAUACUCCGUGGGCUAACCUGAAGAAAACAGCUGACAUGGAAGUGGGACAGAUAGGCUUUCACAGGCAGGAAGAUGUCAAAGUUGUGACAGUGGAGAAGAAAGUGAAUGAGAUCCUGAACCGAUUAGGAAAGACCAAGGUAGAACGAUUCCCAGACUUGGCAGCAGAGAAAGAAUGCAGGGAUCGUGAAGAGAGGAAUGAGAAAAAAGCCCAAAUUCAGGAAAUGAAGAGGAAAGAAAAGGAAGAGAUGAAGAAGAAAAAGGAAAUGGAUGAGCUCAGGAGCUAUUCAUCAUUAAUGAAAGCUGAGAAUAUGUCUUCAAAUCAGGAUGGCAACGAUUCAGAUGAAUUCAUGUGAAUGCAGAAAAGGAACUUAUAAAGAUGUGAAUUUAGGGACAGUUGCAGAUGUCUUGGUUUCAUCAGUGCUCUGAAUUAUAAAUGAUCAACAACCCAGAUUCUACCUUCCAUCUACAAAAAUAUGACCAGUUUUGGAGUUAAAAGUUAUUCCCCUUUUUUGCUGACAGAAAAGGAUGAUAUAUAUAUAUAUAUCAUAUAUAUGCACAUACUAAUAUAGUUGGACUUGAAGAUAGCAGAUAUCUAGGAAAGUGGAAAUAUUUUUGCCAGAACUUGUCUUGGUACGUCAUGGAAAUUGGCUGUCCUUAUGCUUGGAACAGACUUUAGAACAAACCAACUCUGACCAGUAGUUUUAUUACUGUGGUCUGUCUCUGAAAGCAGAUGUCUUGAAGAGGUUUUCAUGAUCUUAAAAUAUCUUCACUUAUGUUAGAAUUAUAUUGGUGAGUAAUGUAUGUGUGAGUGGUGAAUGUCCCUGCCUCCAGCUCUUCCCCCAUUUCCUGAUUACAAAAAGAAAUCAUAUGGGUUUUGCAGAUAAUAGUGAUAUUUUCAGAAGAUUGCUGGCCUCAGUAUUCCUGUUUUACUGUUGAUUCUGUUAACAGAGCUGUUCUCAGCUUGUCCUAUUUCUACAUCCUUGCUUUCUCUGAUGAGGUCCACCUGUGUCUCUUCAUGCUCAAAGAAACAUUGAGUAUUAACUCAGGGUUGGUCUUUUGUGACGGUAUUUCACCUGAGUAUCAAAUAACAAAAACCCCAUAAGUCUUAAUAUUCCAUGCCUGAUGAGUUUUUAGCACCAGAGGAAAAAGAGAAAUGCUGAUAGUUCUGGAAGUCGUUUUGAAAUGUAGGCUACUUGACAUUGUCUCAGGAUAUAAAUUAAAGCAAAAAUUCACAUUGGCAAUUAUGACUUUAGAAAGAAUUAAGCAUUUUGCUAGUCAGCCAGAGUAAUGUAUUUAUGGACUUUUUGAUAGAAUUUAUUUUGAGUUGUAACCAAGUUCAGAUCUCUCAGCUGUAGACUCAGUUGCUUAAUAUGUUACAGAACUGCUUACUUUAGCUUCCUGUUCCCCAGUGUGAUUCUGGAAUAAAAAAUAUAUUUGUAUUGCUUUACAUGCUGCAACUUAAAAAAGACAAAGCCAAGCAGUGAAAAGGCAGAAGCUACCUUUGAGCCACACUACCAGCUCUACUGAGCAGCGUUCUUACUCCCCCCACUUUUUUUUUUUUCUUCUUUUUCUCUUUGACCAGAACACUGCUUCACCCUGGCUUCUGGUGGAAACAGGGAUUAAGCCUGGGACCUGGGAGCCUCAGGCUUGAAUCUGUUUUACACAACCUCUGUGCUGUCUCCUCGGCCAGCAUUCUUAAUCUUGACUGUUCUAACCCAGCGAGAAAUAGGCUUACCAACAAUUACUUUUUCUGAAAUAGUACUUUGGAUUGUGGGUAAAACUAAGAUUUCAGUGUUUCUACUUAUCCCAAGUUGGUGUAUGGGCAUGAACUGGAAACCAGCCCCCUGAGGCAUAACUUAGAGGCCACAUUUUGAGAAGGGAGUAUCCAUAUGACUCUAGAUACUGUUGAUUGUGUGUAGGUGUGUGUAAUGAUGACCAUUUUGAAGUUCUGUGAAAAAUAUAGUGACACUUCGUAUUUGGAAAAAUAUGUAUUUAUGAAUUCUGUUUUGUUACGAAUAGGUCAACCUCUAUCCUUAAGCUGGUAUUGAAAGUGAUCUAUUUCAAAACAAAAAAAACUGUGUCAUCAUAGGCUCAACUUAACAGGUUUGGGUAGGUUUUCAGGGUGCUUUCUUAUUCCCCCCCCUCUUUUUUUUUUUUUUUUUUUUUCUUAUUGGCAGAGCUUCACCGCUUGAGGCCAAUUUUUUUUUUUUCAGGUAGAAGAAGAGAGCAGAAGAUACCAUAGCACCAGAGCUUCCUCCAGUACUGUGGGGGGCAAACUCAAACCUUGGUCACACAAAUGUCAGAGGGGGCUCUCUCUAGAGCUGGGGAGACAGCAUACUGGUUAUGCAAAAGGUUUUCAUGCCUGAGGCUCAGAGCUCAGGUUCAGUCCUCAGCACCACCAUAAACCAGAGCUGAGCAGUGCUGUGCUCUCUGUCUCUGUAUCUCUCUUAUUAAAAUAAAGUCAAAUAGUUUCAAAGAAAGAAAAGAAAAGAAAAUGGGUUCAAAGUGGACUCUCCCCUCUGGGUAAGCUGUGUUACUUUCCCCACCUCCCAUUAUUGAAUGCCUCUUUCCAAAAGUAGCAUGUAAAUUUAGUAGUUAUGCUUCUUUGACAAGAGUCCUCCACCUGUUUACUGUAGGUGUUUGUUUGACCCUUUUCUACAAAGACCUAAAAUGGGGUGAUUUUCUCUCUUUGACCAUACCUUUCUACCAUCUGAAGGACUCCACUCUAUCCCACAUUAUAGCAUGUAUAAUAACAGCUUUGAAAGAAGACAUUUGUCAUUAGUGUGAGAGAUCCAAGAGUCCUAUAUUAAAACAUUUUAUUACUCUCAGCUUACACUGGUUUAGAAUGUCAAGAUUGCUCUUCUGAGUUCUCCCAGUUGAAAUCUUAGCUCUUGAAUCUUUGUGCAGCUGCUUUUCUGAUUUUCCUCUCCUUCUAGCUGAGUUCUAGUUGAGUUUUUUUCCCCAGCUCCUUUGAUCCCAGAGAAAGCAAGGGCCUUUUUCUAAACUGAGGACUUGGGUUCAUUAUUAGCCAUCUCAUUUCUUUCUUACUGGCACAUUUUCUAAACUUCCUUUAGGAAAACUCCAAUUUUGUUAUUUUUAUAAACUGCACACAAUCAAAUUCGUAUAUCCUGAGGCUUUUUCUUUCCAACUUUGUUUCCCUACUCUGAUUUCUGUAGGUAAGAUUCAAAGUACCAUUUAAUUUACUUGACAGGCUGUUGUGUCACAUGCCUAUGGCUUUGGAAUUCACUUCUUACCCACCUCUGUUGAUCCAGGGUCACAAGUUUACCAAGGCCUUUUGACACUAGCGGAAUAGGUGGAAGGCUGGAGUUGAACCUCUUCAGUCUCUUUUUUGUUUUGCUAUGUUGCUUUUUUUUAAUUUUUUUUUUAAUUUAAGAAAGGAUUAAUUAACAAAACCAUAGGGUAGGAGGGGUACAACUCCACACAAUUCCCACCACCCAAUCUCCAUAUCCCACCCACUCCCCCUAUAGCUUUCCCAUUCUCUAGCCCUCUGGGAGCAUGGACCCAGGGUCAUUGUGGGUUGCAGAAGGUAGAAGGUCUGGCUUCUGUAAUUGCUUCCCCGCUGAACAUGGGUGUUGAUUGGUCGGUCCAUACUCCCAGUCUGCCUCUCUCUUUAUCUAGUAGGGUGUGUCUCUGGGGAAGCGGAGCUCCAGGACACAUUGGUGGGGUCUUCAAUCCAGGGAAGCCUGGCCAGCAUCCUGAUGGCAUCUGGAACCAUUUCCAGGAGAUGUGGUCAGAGCUCAGCCACUAGCAGCUUCUCAGUCCGCCAUCUUCCGGGAAACCGCUAUGUUGCUUUUAACUGUUUUCCCGGAUUUUGCUGAGCCUUUCAACUGUUAGACACCGACAGCCUUCCCCCACCCAGGAAGGGAAAGUGGUGGGGUUGCUGAGAUGUGGGAAGUUGCACAUAUAGUGUUACCAACUCAUCUCCAUAAAAUAAAUAAGUUGAGAAUGAAGGGAGGUGGAAGCUGCACCUGCAUACAGCAAGAUGAGAGAGGAAGCAUCAGCUGUAAACUCCAGUGUUAGACUAAAGCUCUUCCUUCUACCCUUCUGUCUUGGGAGGAUGGGGGGUAGCUUGUAUUUGCCAUGCUGAUCCAGGGCAUGGGAAGAACUGAGCAAGAUAGAGAAACAGAAUGGUUUUUCUUGAGCUGUGAUAGAAAGCCUGUAUUUACUCUCCCUCUCUCCCCCCUCUUCCAUUUUAUUCAGAAAUAAUUUACCACCCCUAAAGCCUGCUUUUCCUCUUUGGUUUGAAAUACAGCUUUGAGUAGAACAAAUCUUCAUGUUCAAAAUGACCAUGCAUGGAGGGUCCCCUUUUGAUUUUAAAGUACACUGUAAGGGCAAUCAAUCAAGCACCAGUCAGAAGCCUAAAACUAAAUUCCAAACUCAGUUUCAGUCUCUAGCCACCUGUUGUAUAGCUGAGAAUAGGGACGGCACUGCAGGUGCCUGAGCAGGUUCACAUUCAAGUUGCAUCUCAUGAGUGGUUUUCUUUGCUGGGCCCACACGUUCCUCGCAUGGGGCACUCGACUUAUGUGCAUUGUAUCAUUUCACAAAUGACAUGAUGCCAACUGUGUCUUCCUUUCGUUCUGGAUGAAUGAUAUGUAAAAUAGAAUAAAAGCAUAUAGUUUUGAGUAAAACCAAA